ACUAAUCUAAUUGUAACAUCUCUGUAGAAAUAUUUUCAAUCGUCUACUAAUGUCUCCUAUCUCUAUCUUUAAUGUUAAUUGUUCCAGAUUUAUUCUCACUGGUUUUCCUGGCCUAGAAGUUCACUAUCUCUGGAUCUCCAUCCCUUUCUCCUCCAUCUAUGCCACGGUUUUCCUGGGAAACUGCAUGGUGCUGCAUGUGAUCCGGACAGAGCCCAGCCUGCACCAGCCCAUGUUCUACUUCCUGGCCAUGCUGGCCCUCACUGAUCUGUGCAUGGGGCUGUCUACCAUGUACACGGUGCUGGGGAUCCUGUGGGGAUUCGUUCGUGAGAUCAGCCUAGAUUCCUGCAUUGCCCAGUCCUACUUCAUCCAUGGUUUGUCCUUCAUGGAAUCCUCUGUCCUCCUUGCUAUGGCUUUUGACCGUUACAUUGCCAUUUGCAACCCACUACGCUAUUCUUCCAUCCUAACUAAUGACAAAAUCAUGAAAAUUGGGGUGACAAUCUUAUGUAGGAGUUCUUUACUCAUACCUCCGGUCAUCAUUCGCCUAAAGUUCUUAAAUUAUUGCCGCCCCCACAUCCUUUCUCACUCUUUCUGCCUGCACCAAGACUUAAUUAGAAUGGCCUGUUCAGACAUCCGUUUCAACAGCAUUUAUGGUCUUGCCCUGGUAAUUAGCAACCUGUUGUUGGAUGCAGUGCUCAUACUUAUCUCCUAUAUUAUGAUCUUGCAUGCAGUCUUAGCUAUUGCAUCACGGGAAGAGAGAAUCAAGUCCUUGCAGACCUGUGUAUCUCACAUCUGUGCUGUUUCUGUUUUCUACAUCCCAAUCAUUGGUCUGACUAUGGUGCAUCGCUUUGGGAAACACCUCUCACCAUGGGUACAUGUCCUCCUGGGCAACAUCUAUAUCCUUUUCCCACCCUUGAUGAACCCCAUUAUUUACAGUAUCAAGACCCAACAAAUACGAAGAAGAGUCCAGAGAUUGUUUAAUUUAAAAAAAUUUUAAGUCUUGAGAUCAGAUGCGAAUUUAUUUAAAAGUAGACAAGUGGAGCUCAAAAGGGGAAGGGUGAGUAAAUAAUUAUAAAUAUAUUUAAUGACUUCUAUUUGUAUGUUUUCUAUGU